GUACAAAUGCUCUUUCUCUUGCUGGUUCUGAUUUUAAUGACUAGAAGCAGAGAAGAAACAUCACAAUUUUUGGCAUUUGGAACAGUGUCUCUUCAACUCCAGCCAUGCUCUCCUUUUCAACCCCACCCUUUCUCUGCCUGAGUCUCCUCCUCUUUCUGUCGUAUCACUCCCCUGUUCUCUCCUGUCAGACUGGGACCCGCAGCCAGUGUGAGUCCGCUCCCUUUGUACCAGGCUACAACCUGGUGGGGGAGGGCUUUGAUGUGGUCACCCUGCAGCAUAAAGGAGCCUACAUGAUAGAUGUGAAGACUUAUCUCACCCCAGAAGGCACCUGUACUCUCUGCUCGAAUUCUCUUCAGGGCAAACAGAUGCAGAAACUGCCGCUCUCUGCAGUGGACUGGCGUGCGUUCAACCGAUGCAAUCUCGACAUCUACAGCAGUGUACACACCUCUGUUAGCUCGUUGAUUGAAAGUUACACCUCCCAGGAAAGUAAGGACUGGAAGAUUGGCCUAAAUUUGAAGAAGUUUGUAUCAGCUGGCCUGGAGGUGGGAGGAACACGCUCCACUGCGUAUAAGUUUGCUUCAGAGAGGACCAGAGAGGACCGCCACUCCUUCAGCACUCACAGACUCACAUGCAGCCAUUAUCGUUACCGUGUGUCAAGUGAACCACCCCUCAGCUCUGAGUUUAGUAAGGAUGUGGCCAGACUGCCAAGUCUCUACAACGACUCCACCAGGGCUCAGUACAGUGAGCUCAUACAUACCUAUGGCACACAUUACAUCCGCCAGGUUAACCUUGGGGGGCGUCUCAGGCGGGUCACAGCUGCACGUACCUGUUUGUCCACACUGAAUGGGUUCACCUCAAAUGAGGUCCACAACUGCUUAUCACUUGGUGUCUCUGUAGGCCUGGGGAUGGAGAGUUUAUCUGGUAGCCAACAGUCAUGCAACAAAGUCCUACAGAACCAGGAUCUCACCACCUCAUAUAGCUCUGGUCUACACCAACACUACACAGCAUUGACAGGAGGCACCGGUUGGUUAGGGGAGUUUUCGCUCACUCACAAUGACUCCUUGGACUACAGGAAAUGGCUGAAUACCCUUAAGGACCACCCAGAUAUUGUUUCAUACUUCCUUAGGCCAAUGUAUAGACUGAUGCCCAAUGGGAAGAAGAAGGCAGGUGUGAAGGCUGCCAUAGAGCAAUACUUAGAAGACAAUGCCAUGAAGAAGUCACCCAAAGAACCAGGUUGUGGGUCCAACUGCUGUCCUAAAGAGGCCUCGAGGGGAACACUGGUGGUGAUCAUUAUCAGAGGCUGGAAUCUGAAAGGAGACUUAAUUGACCCAACGGACAGCUAUGCUCAGAUGUGGUACGGUCCGCACCAUCGCAGGACUCAUGUGAUCCACUCAAACGAUCCCUGGUGGAACGCCUAUUUUAAUCUGGGCACGGUGGACACACAUUUGGGUUUGACGAUUGAGGUCUGGGACAAGGACUUGAACUAUGACGACCGUCUGGGAUCAUGUGUGUGGCACCUGAGCCAGGGGACACACAGAUUCACCUGUCCGGCCAAGAAAGGCGGCUUUGAGGUCCAGUACACUCUGACCUGCGACCCUCAUCUGACUGGAGACAGGUUCUGGGACAAGGACGUGACUUAUGACGACCGUCUGGGAUCAUGUGUGAGGCACCUGAGCCAGGGAAAACACAGAUUCACCUGUCCGGCCAAGAAAGGUGGCUUUGAGGUUGAGUACACUCUGACUUGCGACUCUCAUCUGACUGGAGACAGGUGUGAGCGUUACAAACCAACUCCAUAG